AUGGAAGUGGUGCUCACAGACCUGCAACGCAAGCACAAGGACGAACUAACUGGGGACUUGCGAUCGGCGGUGGACCCCAUCCUGGACACUCUUGAGGACUUGGAGGACGAAAGUCUUGAUCCUCGCGGCGACGUUCGGCAUUACAUCGUCGGGGACGAACUCUGUGCAGUCUACAAGCGCAUCGAGGCGCACUGGGGGGAGACCUGCGAGCAGAUCUGCCGGGACAUGAACUGCAGGUACGCGCAGUUCGUGGCUGACUGCCGGAACUGCCUCAAGGCUGAGGCGGCCGAAUCCGAGCGCAAGCAACUGCGGCGUGACAUGACCGAGGCUCGAUGCCACCUCAUCUCUCAGAUGGAGGACGACUUCCGUGACGCCUGCGACGGCUUCAACGAUUGGCGCGCGCGCUAUCUGCAGCACGAGCUCCGGCGCUCGUACGUGGCGUUGCACGACGGCGACCACUUCUCGGUGCUGGCGUCGCUGCUGCGCUACGAGAUCCUGGAGUGCUUGCCGGACCUCGAGAGGCGCACGGAGGAACGCGCUGCCGAGUUGUGGAAAGAGCUGGUCGACCACCGUUGGCGCGACGUCGACGGCUUCUUCGACGACACCGUUUAGGUGUGCCGCGAAUAUAUUGUCCGUCGCACCCAUUCGGCUUGAGUUUCAUUCUAUGCGCGUUUAACAUCGUUGCGAAAUGUCUGGGGUAAUCACGCAACGCCUAUACAUUAUCUAUCUUGAUUUCCUGUAAGUAAAGGCGAC